AUGACUUCGCUCAUAUUCCUAAAUCUGCCGCCCAAGACAUUCAUCGGCAUCGAUCUAUUAUCCUUUAAUUCAUCCCCGCACUUUCAGGGCAUUUCCAAUAUCCCGCCAGGGCUGCACUUUGUGUACAGUGGAACAGAUGCCUCGCUCUCCAUCCGAACUGGCCGAUGGCUGAAUCUGAGUGCUCAAGGAACCAAGCAACGAGUACUACAAUGGAAUAGGGAGACGGAGAAGUUAGAUUUGGUUGAGAACGACAACGAUGGCGGUGCUGUUGACGAUACGACAGUCUCUUCUUCCACCGGAAAGCGCGGGCUCGUCGACUAUCUUGCCCUCGCCGACGCGACAAGUGAUCUCGCCGAAAAGCAAGCGAGACAAGGUCGGUCCAAGGAGGAGGGGGAGGGGCUUGGAAUCGACCGGGAUGAUGAUGCCGAUGAAGAAGACGAGGAAACGACGCAAUCUCCGUCUGCCGCCUGGUCUGCUCUGUCGCAACAUAUUUCGCCAGCGGCUCUCACGCGUGUCCUGAAUACGAACUGGACGGUGUCGUCUAUCUCUUCAGCUCCAACCGAUACGGAAUCCAUCCCUGGCCUCUCGCACUUGGAAGCUGAAAACACAUUGCGUCAACUUCCCCUGAAUCUCCUCCCUGUCGAUCUCAAACAGACUUGGUCUGAAGGCGACGUUGGAAGGGUGCGGACUGAUCGAGCCCGAGACCGAAGUUGGUAUCUCUCGUCUCUGAUGGACAUUGCGAGCCCUGGGGCUAAGGACAAGGCUGUGGGAGCGCGACAGGUUUUGGGGGAGAUUCAGUUCUGUUUCCUCAUGGUUCUGACCUUGGCGAACUACAGUUGUCUCGAGCAGUGGAAGCGUCUAUUGACGGUCUUCUUCACCUCUAGAGACGCCCUUACGAAAGCGGAAGGCUAUUUUGUGCAAAUGGUCAAGACUCUGACGGAACAAAUGAGGCACGUGGACGAUCUGGAUGGGGGUAUGUUUGAGUUGAGGGACGAGGCUGGCAGUGCCUGGUUGAGGGCAAUGUGGGCCAAGUUUCGAGCGAACGUGGAUGAUGAGUUCGAGGGAGACGAGGGAGAACAAUUGAAAAAGACUGUCAAGGCAUUGCAGUCGUUUUUUGAGCGCAAGUAUGGAUGGCUCAAUAAGCAGGAUACCUUGCGCAGAGGUAUGCUGGAGUUGGAGGAUGGUGAACGCAUCGAGGUUAGCAUGGACGGGGUCGAUGAGGACGAAGAGACGGGUGAAUAUGCCCCCGUCGUGGUUGAUACGUAG